AUGGGCUGGAAGGGCGUACAGCUUCUACGCCCUUCUCGCCAAUACUUCCUUGACUACAUCGUUGGACCGACUAGUUCUCGUCGCCCGCACCCCUGCCCAGCAGCUGGCGGAUUCCCUGAGCGGAGAUCUGAAACUGAAGUCACCCUCGCCGACCUCCUCGCCCAAUCCUCAUCGUUGCUAUCCCCCACCACACUGGAUGUCUCCACCGUCGAGCUCGACAAGGUGGCCCUCGCGGAGGCCAACGAGGCCAAAUACAAAGCAAGCAGGACGACUUCGAUCCAAUGCAAUCUGUGUUCUCGGGGCUGGCGCGCGCCCAUCAUGAUCGAGCAGCCGUCGACGAAGAUCUUCUCGCUAGAAUUGGCUCCGCGAAACAACCCGACAAUCAUCUCGCGCGCUGUGGCACGCAUACUCCAGACCGAGGUCACAUCCUCCUCCCCCAGCAACAUCGACUAUAUGUACCUUCAAAACGGCGCAGGUUUGCUAAUCAGUCGCGCCGUGCCAGACAAGCGCAUGAAUGAGCGGUUCCGCGAGCGCGAACAGGGCAGCGCCACGCUGAUGCUGCUCUCCGGUGCCGUCCAUGCGGCGCUCUUUGUGCAAAAACCAGGCCAACUGAGCACGGUGGACUUUGUCACGAAGAAGAAUCCUCCCGCCGCAGCAGACAACGACCACGUCGUCGUUAAGGUAACCUGCACCGGACUCAACGCCAGAGACGUAGAAUCGCCUUUCUCCUAA